CCAACCCGCCGAGAAAAGUUGGGGAGGCAGAUGCUUAGUUCUGCUUCAGUGGGAAGAUUGGAGGCCUUUUCAGGGGAUGACAGUAGGUCCGCUCACGGGAUUCCAAACUAAAUCGGGCUGAGAAUUGGCCAGGAAAGCGGGGUGCCGAGGCGAACAAUAAGGAGACUCCAUUUGGCUCAGCGGUUUGAUAGCGAGAAGCAAAUUCUUUUCUCUGAAUUGCAAGGUCAUAAGCUCGAUGGCACCGAAGCCAGCCCCGCUCUCUCCAGUUCGCAUUUCCCGAGAGACUGCCUAAAGUUUGUGUUUGAUUUGGGCACAGAUCGGAGGCGUGGCGAGUCCUUUGGGACCCGAGGAUCCGACUCAACUGAGGCUCCGGAGGGCGCUGCUGACUUGCCAUCGCCCGGAAAGGCAGGACUCUGCUUGAAUUUUCCCGUUGCAAAGCUGUUCUUGCCUAGACUGCGUCCAUCCUGAAACUGCCCCCACUCGGAGUGUGUUCGAAGUCAAAAGGACAACCCAAGUUCGGGUCUCACUGGGAGGAGAACUUGGGAGAGUUGAUGGAUUCCUGAAGUAGAGGGCGUGGUGCGCAGAGGCACCGCCGAUGCUGCCCUGCUUCCAGCUGCUGCGCAUCGGGGGCGGCCGGGGCGGCGGCGAUCUCUACACCUUCCAUCCACCCACCGGGGCUGGCUGCACCUAUCGCCUGGGCCGCAGGGCCGACCUGUGUGAUGUGGCCCUGCAACCCCAGGGGGACCCCGGCCUCAUCUCUGGGGUGCACGCCGAGCUGCACGCCGAGCGCCGCGGUGAGAACUGGAGGGUAAGCCUGGAAGACCACAGCAGCCAAGGGACCUUAGUUAAUAGCGUCCGACUCCCAAGGGGUCACAGACUGGAGCUGAGUGACGGGGACCUCCUAACCUUUGGCCCUGAAGGGACCCCAGGAUCCAGCCCCUCUGAGUUCUACUUCAUGUUCCAGCAAGUUCAAGUCAAACCUCAGGAUUUUUCAGCCAUCACCAUUCCGCUGUCUAGGGGAGAAACGGGGGCCAGGGGCGGUUUCCAGCCCAUGUUACCCUCUGAGGGGGCUCCACAGCGGCCCCUCAGCACCCUUUCCCUAGCCCCCAAGGCCACCCUGAUCCUCAACUCCAUCGGCAGCCUUAGCAAGCUCCGCGCCCAGCCUCUCACCUUCUCCCGGGGUGGAGGUGGGCCCCAGAGCCUACCCUCUCCCACGCCCCCUGAGGAAGUAGGGGCUGCCCCUUCUGCCCCAGCCCCGGCCCCCAGAAACCGAAGGAAAUCAGUUCACCGCGUGUUGGCCGAACUGGAUGAUGAGAGAGGGUCUCCUGAGAGCUCCCCACCAGCCCUCAUGGAACCCAGGAAGAAACUCCGAGGAGAGAAAACCCAACUGAAACCCACUGGAAACCGUCGUGGGCGUCCUCGGAAGCACCCAGAGGGACUGACUCAAAGGCCCCUUGCCUUGGCUACUGAGUCAGGGACUGGAGCUCAUGGUCAACCGUGACAGAAGAGCCGGAUCCUGCCAAAGAGAAUCACCUUCAAGAAGUUGUCGCCAGCAAACCGGAAACCCCACUGAUCUAGGCUAUAGAGCUCGUUGCCAGGGAUACCAGGUCUGGGACCGGUAUCUGGGCAAGCCCAAAGUGUGUGCAAGCGGGUGCUUGGUAUCCUUCGACGGCAUCACCUAAGGGCUCCUCGAAAACCCAGGACGUGGCCCUAAAAUGCCCCUGCUCUGUGGCUAACCCCGCUCCCAGCUGUUACCACCCUGGCCUGGCUUGUUUGUGUUUUCGGCUUCUUAUUUCCCAAUAAAAACAAGUCCCAUGCA